CUGUCCCGCUGCCACAGAAAAAGCAACAGCAUGACAGACUUGGGCAGCACGGCCAACCUUGCAGCGCCAGACAAAAGCGCCGGAGCAAGCGCCGACAAAGGCGAAGACAAGGACCCCAAGAAGAAUUUCAACUAUCCACUUGUUAGAGUUUGUGAUAUGGCAGAGGAACUUCGAGUGGAAGCUGUAGAUAUGGUGGUAACAGCAGUAGAAAAGCAUCCAGGAAAUUUUGAGGCUGCAGCACAAAAUAUUAAAGAGUUAAUGGAUAAGAGAUGUGGAAAUUCUUGGCAUGCUGUGGUAGGAGAAGGUUACGGAUUUGAAGUCACACAUGAGAUGCGGAACUUGCUUUACAUGUACUUCGGUGGAAACCUCGGUGUGCUCGUGUGGAAAGCCUCCUAGCUGCGGAUACACAUAUUCCAGGAUCACCAUGGGGAUUGAAUUGCAGGAGCUCCUCUAUUUCCUCGAAAUAAGGGCCUAAUAACGGGCAUAGUUCUUGUAUAGGUUGCCAUCGCUGCAGCAUAUCUAAUUUAAAUGUAUGUACUCGGGUUGAUAAUGCUUCACUAUCUACACUGCUUCUAUGUA